GAGAGGGGUUGGCGAACCUUCAAAGAAAACGACGCGUGCUAACCAAAGGCACGCUAUACGUCCGGUUCAGUCCCUUAAAGAAACUUAGAUUUACCUUCAUUUCAAGUGGUAACCCAAAUUUCCAAAUACAAAUUUAGCCUUUUUAUCAAGCAAGGUCAUAAGAUUCAUUUUACGUUAUUGUUAAAAAUAAAAAUAAACGUUCUUAUCAGAUUAAAAAGCAUCUAAUAGCCGUUUAUAUCGACUUAUCAUUAUCAGCGUAUUUAACAUUAAUUAUAAAGAAAUAAAACAACUUAUCUUUCUAUUUCUAUGAGGGAAUUUGGUCAGUGUAGAUUAUGUCGAAGGUUUCAAAAAUUGUUUCUUAUGGAAAGAUUGGAUGGAGAUUUUCAUCGACGUUAAGUUAUAAACACCAAGCAUGUGAAGAACCACUUAGGCACAUUUCCAUUGGUACAUUACUUGAGGAAUCUGCAAAAAAAUAUCGAGAUGUUCCCGCAAUUAUCUCAAUGCACCAAAAUGAAACUCUAACAUAUGGUGAUUUAUUAAAAAAAUCGGAUCAGUUAGCAGCUUCUCUUCAAAGUCAAGGUUUGGAAAUCGGCGAUAGAGUUGGUGUUUAUCUUCCUAAUCAAUAUGAAUGGGUUAUUAUUAUGUUGGCAUGUUGCAGAGCUGGAUUAAUUACAGUGGCCUUAAAUCCUUUUUACGAAACCCCCGAAAUGGAAUACUGCAUUAAUAAAGUUGGGAUAAAGGCUUUAUUUACUGGGGAUAAAGUAAAACAACAAGAUUAUUACGAAAUUAUGAAAAAUGUGGCGCCCGAAUUACCCAAUUGUGAUCCCGGAAAAUUGAAGUCAAAAAAAGUGCCUACCUUAAAAACUAUUAUACACUCAACAGAUAAAGAAAAUAAAGGAACAUAUACUUUCAACGAAAUUCUUAAUUUUUCAAAUGAAACUCAAAUCAAAAAUAUCCAAAAACAUCAACAUUUAAUUGAUUCAGACCUACCAUGUAAUAUUCAAUUCACAUCAGGUACAACUGGAAAACCAAAAGCAGCCGUAAUCAGUCAUUUCAAUCUGGCAAAUAACUCCUAUUUCAUCUCAAAAAGAAUGGAACUAAACAAAAAACACCAUAAAGUGUGCGUUCAAGUUCCACUUUUUCACGCUUUCGGAACAACUAUAACGAUAGCUUCUGCGAUUCAUUUCGGAACAACUUUAGUUUUUCCAAGUUUAAGUUACAACCCUGAAAAUAAUUUGGAUGCAUUAGCCACCGAAAAAUGCACCAUAGCUCAUGGAACUCCAACAAUGUAUGUUGAUUUAAUCAAUGUUCAAUCAAAACGGAAAGAAAACUUAUCGUUGGAAGUUGCUUUAAAUGGUGGUUCUCCAUGUUCUCCAGAACUGUUACGUAAAAUGAUCGAUGUGUUGGGUGUUAAACGUGUUAAAUCGGUUUAUGGAUUGACAGAAACGACCGGGUCAUCAUUUCAUUCACUUCCUGGUGAAUCCCAGGAUCUCUCGAUUAACACAGUUGGUCAUCUUCAAGAACAUUUGGAGGCGAAAAUUGUUGAUGAAAAAGGAAAUACGGUUCCUAUAGGAAAAAGAGGGGAAUUAUGGAUAAGAGGUUAUUCUGUUAUGUUAGGAUAUUGGGGUGAUGAAGAAAAAACUAACGAAUUAAUUACACAAUCGAAAUGGUUAAAAACUGGGGAUCAAUUUAUUAUGUUCGAAAAUGGUUAUGGAAAAUGUGUUGGACGGAUCAAAGACAUGAUUAUUAGGGGCGGUGAAAAUAUUUUUCCUAAAGAAAUUGAGGAUCUAUUAAACACACACCAAAAUAUUUUAGAAACACAAGUUAUUGGGAUAACUCACGAAAGAUUAGGUGAAGAAGUUUGUGCGUGUAUUCGAUUAAAUGAUGAAGCUAUCGAUUUGAAAUUGGAUGAUGUAAAAAAAUUUUGCGAGGGAAAAUUAGCCAAGUUUAAAAUUCCUACUCAAUUAAAAGUUAUGAAAACGUUUCCGAAAACAACGUCGGGAAAAGUGCAGAAACAUAUCUUAAGGAAAUUAAUUGAAAAAGAAAUAAACUAAAAUGUAUUGUAAAAUUAAUUUGUAAAAAGAUGAUAAAAAAUCAUUUCUCGUUCUUCAUCGAUUUUAAACCAAUAUAUAUGUUUAAUAUAUAUGUCUGCAGUCGAUGAGCUGUAAUAUAUGUUGUCCAAUUCCAAUGGUAGUAUCGAGAUGAUACCAAUUAUAGCGCUUCGGCAUCAAGAGACCUCUUCUUCGUCUAUUCAGUCUUCUUUUUCCUUCUGGUUUCAUAUCGAAUAUUUUCUUUGGCAUACUUUUCUCAUCUAUUCGAACCAAAUGGCCAUACCAUUACAGCUGUUCUACCUUCUACCUCCUUUACUAGAGCUUUCAAGCUUAGUUAUUCUCUGACUCUAUUGUUUUGUACUGUGUCUUCUGGUUUUUCGUAUUUUUGCAUUGGUCCCUUUCAACUUCUUGGCUACGUCCCAGAACUGUAUCUGGUUUUUCUUAUAAUUUUCCCUCAACUUCCGGAUUCUUUCUGCUUCCUCCUGAUCUGCGUGUAUCUUGUAUAGUUCCUGAUCUGCGACUGUUCUCAUUCUCUUAAAUCUAUUCCAUACUUCUUUUUCUCUUUUAGCUUAUCCUUUACCAUUUUGUUCUUCUUUGAUUUUGGCCCGUCUUAAUUGGUUUUGUUGUACAUACUUUGUUGUGGUCUUCUGUCUCUACUUCUUGCUCUUAUAGACUUGUGAAUUAAUUUACAAAUGUAAAUUAAAUUGAUUUCGUCUACAAUUGACAUUUGUAGUAUGUCUGAGACAAAUUCCAGAAACUUGAACACCGUAAAUUUUGAGCCAACCCAAUAUGUAAACAUAUAAUUAUUGUAUAUAAACUACUAAUAUAGUCUUAAAAAUACUAAAAAUUGUUCUUAAAAUAAUAAUAUAUUAAAGAUUACGUAAGAUUUUUUAAGAAACUCAUUCCAUGAGAUGCAAUUAAGAUGGAAUGUACGAUUGAUAAAUACAAAAACAUAAAUUUC